ACCUGACCUGCUAUUUUGUCCUUCCCCUCUCAUCUUCCCCAAUCAUCAUCUUCUUCUUCAUCAUCAUCUCACAAUUCCCAUUCAUUUCUCUCUCUAUCUCUACAACAGACAUUCAAACCAUGAGCUGGUGGUGGGCCGGCGCAAUCGGCGCAGCUAAGAAAAAACUCGAAGACUCAGAUGAAGGAUCAUCAUCAUCAUCAAGAAACUACCAAAGCGUAGCUCUAAUAGUAGGAGUCACAGGAAUCGUCGGCAACAGCUUGGCCGAAAUCCUCCCUCUCUCCGACACCCCCGGCGGCCCCUGGAAAAUCUACGGCGUCGCUCGCCGUCCACGGCCCGAUUGGAACUCCGACCACCCAAUCGAAUACAUCCAGUGCGACAUCUCCGAUGAAAACGACGCCGUUUCAAAGCUCUCCCCACUCACAGACAUCACCAACAUCUUCUACGUUUGUUGGGGAAACCGCGAUUCAGAAGCUGAGAAUCGGGAGCUUAACAGCAAGAUGUUUCGUAACGUGUUGAAUUCAACAAUCCCGAAUUCUCCGAAUCUCAAACAUAUUUGUUUACAGACAGGGAUGAAGCACUACAUUGGGCCUUUUGAAAGUUGGGGGAAGAAGAUCGAUCAUCAACAUCAUGACCCUCCUUUCAAUGAGGACAUGCCUAGGUUAGAUAUCCCCAAUUUUUAUUACGAUCUUGAAGAUAUCUUAUUUGCUGAGAUUGCUAAGAAGGAGAGUUUAACUUGGUCUGUUCAUCGACCCGGAAGUAUAUUCGGGUUUUCCCCGUAUAGUCUGAUGAAUGUUGUGGGUAGUUUAUGUGUUUAUGCUGCAAUUUGUAAGCAUGAAGGGGUCCCACUUCAAUUCCCAGGUACAAAAGCUUCAUGGGAGAGUUACUCUCAAGCUUCUGAUGCUGAUUUGAUUGCAGAGCAUCAAAUCUGGACUUCAGUUGAUCCUUAUGCUAAAAACGAAGCGUUUAAUUGUAGUAAUGGAGAUGUGUUUAAAUGGAAACAGCUAUGGAGAGUUUUAGGGGAGCAGUUUGAGGUGGAGAUAGCGGAUUUUGAUGAGGAUGGUGAGAGGUUUAGUAUUGAAGAGAGGAUGAAAGGCAAGGAAGGGGUUUGGGAAGAGAUUAUAAGGGAGAAUGGUUUGGUGGCUACAAAGUUGGAGGAGGUUGGGAGUUGGUGGUUUUUGGAUAAAGCUUUUGAUGGGGAAUGGCAUUUGGAUACUAUGAAUAAAAGUAAGGAGCAUGGCUUUUUGGGGUUUAGGAAUACUAAGAACUCUUUUGUUUCUUGGAUUGAUAAGAUGAAGGCCUACAAGAUUGUUCCUUGAGAAAGUGGAAAAGAAGUUGUAUGUUUGUUUAAGUUGUUGUAUGAUGGGAGUAAUGUGAGUAUGUGACUCCUAAAAGUGGAUUAAAUUAAUUCGUUUUUCUUAGAAAAUGAAAAAGUUGUAUGUUUGUUUAAGUAAUUGUAAUUGUAAUUGUAAUUGGUCAUAUUUAUGUUUUAAGUUAUUGUAAGAUGGGAGUAAUGCGACUCCUAAAAGUCAAUUAGUAGAAGGUACACUCAGUUGUAUUUUACUUUACAUGUAACCGGGUAUGUUUUGUAUUUUUAAUCAUCCUAAAAGUGAAUUAAAUUAAUUCAUUUUUCGUUUCUUA